GCGUCUGGGCUGCAUAUAGAGACAUCAAGCAUGUCGUUCUUCGGAACAUCUCGCCUGCCAAGCAUUACCGAGGCUCAGCUUCUGAACCCUGCCCGGCCGCAACUUCCACUCUCCCACUCCCACUCUUGACUGAGGCGCCGCGCUUUGCGCGUGUUGAUAUUUCACAACUCAUAGGACUCUCACUUCUCUUCUAGCCAUGAUACAAUAGAGUAGAGACCCGGCACCUUUCCUUACACUCCCAACGAGACAUUCCUUAUCCCACCCUCAAGAUCGCUGACCACCAUGGCACCGGGUGACUCCACAGCCUCAUUCCGACGCAUACCAUGGACCGCACGACUCCUCGAUAGUCCCAAUGUGAUCGCUCGCGUGCCGAACUCUCGACUCCCCAAACGCGACACCGAAGACAGCCUCUACGCCGAAAUUCUCAAAACCGACCGCACGAUUCGAAAUUGUAUAGUCGUCUAUCGCAAAUCCACCAGUCCUGAAGAUGAAAUCUCAGAAGCUACAACAUUGUACGAAGUCGGCGACGGAAUGAACGGACAUCCUGAAAUCAUACACGGAGGGAUCACAGCGACGAUGAUCGAUGAAAGUAUGGGGAUUAUGCAAAUGGAGAAUCUUGAGCGAAAGAGGAGGAAAGAGAAAGAAGUUGCCGAAGAGGAGAAGAGGGAGCCUUCGGAGGGGUUGAGUGCUUUUACGGCGUACUUGAAUGUGCAGUAUUUGAAGCCUGUGAGGACACCGAGUGUGAUUGCGGUUACGGCGAGGAGGGUUAGGAAGGAGGGGAGGAAAGAGUGGGUUGUUGCGGAGUUGAAGCAGUGGCAUGGGGAUGAGGGGACGGGAGAGGUUGUGGUUUGUGCGAAGGGGGAGUCGUUAUGGAUUACGCCGAAGGCGAAGGAGUAUAGUAAGCUGUGAGGCCCGAGAUGUGUCUCAGUAAACUUCUCUUCGAAAAAGACAGCGGAACAGAGAAUUGGAAAGCGAAAGAGCUGGAUACUAUGAUCUGCGAGGAUUUGCAAUGCGGGCUAUCGUUCCACGGCAUGCUCUACGCUGGAGCUAGUGCAAGCUCAAGUGCAAUGGCUUGAU